GGGCAGGCGACAUGGCCACCAUGCGCCCCCAAGCCGCAGGGUCCGGCACGGGGAGGCCAUGGCGAGGCCUGGUUGCAGGAGGCCACUGUGUCGAAUGCAGGGCUGCGGCAGGGAGGGCAGCGGGCGCAGGCCGGGGGCGCUGGGCGACGCCUGUCCCCGUGGGGUCCCCCAUGGCCUCUUCGCUGUCCCGCAGACGGGCACCUGCUCGCACAGGUCUGCGGCCGUGCUUGUGCCGUCGUGCCAUCCCCGCUGCCGGUCUGGGGCACGCGGCGAGGUUGCCCAAACUGAACGAAUUCCCAGCUUUUUCCUCCGUGUUUCUCCUACUCGUGACCUGCUGUGCUUCCUCUUCCCUUUUCCUUUUGAGGUCAGCCCCGGCGUGAGCUCUCCCCGCAGAAGGAGGGACGGCAGAUUGUCCCUGUCGCGUGCGAGUCCUCGUGCCCAAACAGCAUUGCGGGGUCCCGGAAACACCUCCAAGCGGAGAGGGGCAGAGGGAGGCUCGGAGACGCGGCAGCGAGCUGUCAGCGUCGCCCUGCAGCUCUUGAAGGCCUCAGGUCCGCUCUGAGCAGGCAAAGCCCACGCGAUGGAGGCGGAUAACCGGAGGAGCGUGUUAAACCUGGUGGCUGUAUUUGAAGGCCAAAGCAGGGCCUGCAAAUUUCCCUGGAGCCCGUGUAGAGAUCGGCACGCUCCGCACAGCCAGGCCAGUCCUGCAACCAGCCAUCUCCGAGGGCUCCCAGGGUCCUUGUUGAGCCAGGACCAGAGGAUCUGCCAAAUGGCCAGCACACGCCAAGCGGAGCGAGACAGCGAGGAGGAGAAACAGCCUUCCUCGGCAGCAGGGCAGGAGGAACAGCAGGGUCAGCGGAGGCUCAGCUUCAAAUGCCUCCGCUCUUUCCAGCACAAGAUUGGCGAGGACAACUGGAGGAGGCAGCAGGACUCGGGCCUCAAGCCAGGCGGCAAGUUAAGCUCUGGAGGCAGCGCAAGCCAGGACCCAGAGGAAAAGAAGAUUGCUCUGGAGCUGCUGGAGACAGAACAGGCUUAUGUCAGCCGCCUCCACCUUCUCGACCAGGUGUUCUAUACAGAGCUGAUGAAGGAAGCCAAAAAUGGGAAGACAGUCCCAGAGGAGGUGGUGAAAAUGAUCUUCUCCAACCUCUCCUCCAUCUACCAAUUCCACGCCAAGUUCUUCCUGCCAGAGCUGCAGAAGCGCAUGGAGGAUUGGAGUUCCAAUCCGCGGAUUGGGGAUGUGAUCCAGAAGCUCGCCCCAUUCCUCAAGAUGUACGGCGAAUACGUGAAGAACUUUGACAAGGCCGUGGAGCUCAUCACUGUCUGGUCGGAGAAAUCACCGCCCUUCCAGGAGCUCAUUGCUGACAUCCAGAAGAGGAAGGUCUGCGCUAACCUAACGCUGCAGCACCACAUGCUGGAACCUGUGCAGAGAAUCCCGCGCUACGAACUGCUCCUGAAAGACUACGUCCGAAAACUGCCACCCGAGUCCCCAGACAGGGCUGACGCGGAGAAGGCCCUGGAAAUGAUUUUCAUGGUGGCCAAGCACUCAAAUGCAGCCAUCGCUGAGAUGGAACGGCUGCAGAACCUCUGGGAGGUCUAUCAGAGACUGGGCCUCGAGGACGACAUUGUGGAUCCCUCCAACGAGCUGAUCAAGGAAGGGCCGGUCCUAAAAAUCUCCUCCCGCAACAGCACAUCGGAAAAGUACCUGUUCCUGUUCAACAACAUGCUGCUGUACUGCGUGCCCAAGGUCAUCCAGAUGGGCGCCGAGUUCCAGGUCCACCUCCGCAUCAACGUGGACGGCAUAAAGGUGCGGGAGCUGAAUGACACGCAGUUUCCUCACACCUUUCUGGUCUCGGGCAAGCAGCGAACACUGGAGCUGCAGGCCAGGUCCAGGGAGGAGAUGGACUCCUGGAUCAAGGCCUUCCAGGACGCCAUCGAAAGGAAGGAGAAGAGUAGCGAGAGCUUCAAGACGGCUGUGCAUGGGCCAGAGACGGAGCCUCCUGCUUUGAAGACGGAGGAGCUGGGCCGUCGAGCCCCGCAGUGGGUGCGGGACAACUUGGUGACCAUGUGCAUGCGCUGCAAGGAGCCCUUCAACGCCAUCAUGCGCCGAAGGCACCACUGUCGGGCUUGUGGAUACGUGGUGUGCGCUCGCUGCUCCGACUACAAGGCCGAGCUGCAGUAUGACGGGAACCGCCUGAACCGCGUGUGCCAGGAGUGUUACGUCUUCCUGACGGGCCACGUAGUGCUGGAGGACCGGGAGGGGAAGCACAAAGGCAUCCUGGAGAAAGGAGCAGCGGAGGUGUCGGGCAGGAGUUUGCUCUGCGGUUCCCUGCAGCUGCUGGACAAGAACAGCAAGGGAGGCACGCGGGGCUGGUUCGUGAUCCCGCGGGAUGACCCCCUCGUGCUGUACAUCUACGCGGCCCCCCAGGACGUCCGCGCUCACACCUCCAUCCCGCUGCUGGGCUACCAGGUGCGGGACCUGCCCCAGGGCGACUCUCGCCACCUCUUCCAGCUGGCGCAGUCCCGGCAGGUCUACACCUUCCUGGCCGACACGGAGGAGCUGAAGUGGCGCUGGAUGAGGGCCAUGGCGCGCUCGGCGGCGGGGAUCACCCACCCCGAGGAGGACGAGGACACGGACUCCUUCGACGAAGCAGAAUGAGCCCCGCGGGCUGAACCUCCUCCCUGCUCUCCCUCGCUGGCUGGCUUUGGACGGAUCCCCUGAUCUCUCCAUGUUUCGGUUUUCCCUGUCGCAGAAGGGCCGAGGCAGAGGCGCGCUUGCUGCCGCGCGGAUGACCCGGCUCCCCCUUCCCCUCCCUCCUCAUGCUCCAUGAUGGGGAGCUGGACCUGGACGGAGACCGUGGAAGUACCUGAGCGGGGAGGUGGGGGGAGAGCCGGGGGAUUUGGGGCGCAGGACCCCCGAACCAGCCCGCCGUGCCAUGCCACCGGCUGCCGCCCGAGGGCAGCAACGCCUCAGCCUUCCUCCGAGCCGGGUGCCGGGUGGUGCAGGAUGCCCAGGGCCGUGAAAGCAUCUGGGGCCUGGGGGCCUCGGCAAUAAAUCCCACCUGCAACCUCUC